AUGGCCUCCAUCGUACAGGCACAUAAUCUUGCGCCAUCCCAGCCCCUAGCCACUUCUCAAUGGGCACAUAAGUAUCGUGGGGCUACGGUAGAAGACCUCGACCCACCUCCCGCACUCUCCUCAAAACCAACAGACUCCAUCUCCACCGCUCUCAUGAAUGCAUACGAACGCGACUACACCCAUCUCACAGUCGUCUCUGAAGACACCCGUGCUCUGUUAGGCUACCUCAACAUCCCUCGGUUGAAAGAACUGUUGAAGAAUGGCACAGUCAAGGACUCAGACUACGUCGAAAAAGCCAUGCAGAAGUUCCAACGGAGAGGCAACGUCUACAAGGUCAUCACCAUGGACACACCGCUGGAGGAGCUGGAAGCGUUCUUCAACGGAGGAGUCAAUGAAAACGGACCGCAAGACUUUGCGGUGGUGACGGAUGGGAGUAGAAGAUUCGUGCUUGGUGUGGCUACGAAAAGUGAUUUGGAGGAGUUUGUGAAGAGGAGACCUGCAUGA